UUAUUCCACAAGUGCAAUAAAAAGUCUUAAUCAGCUGAUCGUCAACAAAUAAGCAUUCCAAAUAUUAUUGUGAACGUAAUACGUAAAUAAGAGUUAAAAAGAAUGAAGAGAAGUGGAUAAAAAUUGAAUUUGUUUACAAUAGCAUUCAACAAAAUUUAAAAUAAAUAUCGAUAUGCUCAAAUUAUUACCAAGCACAACAUUUGACAAAACUGAAAAUGCAAAAUGUGGUGAAAUUUUUUGUCACAGUUCAACGGAAUUUAUCAUUAUUUGCACACUGUGCGAACUCAAAGCAUUCGACUACCAGGAUUUCUUGCUUCACUGCAAGAAUGAACACCUCGAAAAGGGCUUAUUGAAAACAGAAGAAAUAUUUGUUGAAGUAGCACCACACCUGGCUUCAAAUGUGAAGGAUGAACCAAUUUUUGAAGAUACUACAGCUGAAGCUGAAUUUCUGGAUGAGCACGACUUUAUCAUUUCGGAUGAAGAAAAGGAAAAGUCAGACCUACGUAUAAGUCAAUGGAGUGACAAUAAGUCAUUAUCUGAUGAUUCAGACAGUGAUACGGAAAAUAAUUUUGAUGACAAAGAUUAUAUACCACCUGUACAUCAACGAAAGCGAAACAAAAAGCGUGAAGAUCAAACAGAGUCAUUCAAAUGUGAAAUAUGUUCCCGUAUCUACAAAAGCUCCAAUUAUUUGCGUUCACAUUUGGCAAAAAUACAUAAUUUUGAGAGUAAGAAAAUAGCGACCAUUCAACUUCAAAAAUGUGAUGAAUGCAUAGAAGAAUUUAAAACAUUACGAAGUUUAGAGGAGCAUUGCCUUUCAGAACAUGGUGGUAUGAAAUGUAUGUAUUGUGAUAAACGAUGUACAUCGCGAACAAAUCAGUUGCGACAUAUGGAAACUCAUACACAUGGAACGGAACGACGGUUCGUCUGCGAUUAUGAGAACUGUAAGAAAAGUUUCUUUACACGCCGUCAGUACCAAGCUCACAAACGCACCCAUACAAAAGGAAAGAAUUUCAUAUGUGACAUAUGUGGCUACUCGUGUCGAGUACCGGAAAUGCUUAAAGUGCAUUAUCGUUCACAUACAGGUGAGAAACCGUAUGCUUGUGAUGAAUGCGGCAAAUGUUUUGUAUCUAAAUCGGCAGUUAGAGAGCAUAAAGCAUCACAUGGCACAGAGCGACCACAUGAAUGUAAAGUAUGUGGACGCUCAUUUGCAAGAGCAAAAUCGCUAUACCAUCAUAAUUUUUUGCAUCUCGCAGAAAAGAAGUUUAAAUGCAAAUUAUGUGGACAAGCAUAUGCGCAGCUUGCGGGUUUAGCUGGUCAUAUGAGACGACACCGGGAGCAGGGCCAUUGCUGAUAAAUUCUUGAAACAACUGCAUGUCUACAAGAUGUUAAGUUGCUAUUUGACCAUUAAAACAGUUACUAAUUUUUAUUUAUUGUAUAUAAAUAGGGUAUUAAUACUAUUAAAAAUGUUUUGUUAGUUGACAGCUAGUUAUAUAGAUCUAAGCAAUUCGUUGUAAAUAAUUAUAACGAAUAAAAUUUUUUUUUUUCUAAAA